AUGGAAGGGACACCCCCAAGCAGCGAGAGCGCUUUGUACGUCGCCCGAUUUCGUCGCAGUUGCCGCAACCGCGAGUCUUAUGACACGAUCGCGGAACUGGCGGCUGAAUUACGGCGUGCCUAUAUGGUGAAAGGGCUGCAGGCUCAGCUAGAUGAGAAGCAGGCUCAGAAAUACGCCGAGCUCGUGCGAAAGCGCGAGAUCGCCGACUUGAUUCACCAGGAACAGCAGAAAGUGCUGGAGGAGGAUCACCGGUGCCGGUCGGAGAUUCUGCGGAAGUCGGAAGAGUACAGGCGGCAGCUGGAGGAGCAGUUGACACGUAAGGAGGACGAGAAAAGAGUCAUUGUGGAGGAAGCCCGAGAGUACAGGAAGUCCUUGGAAGAGGCGGACCGAGUGCAGGAGGAGCAGGAGCGCUCGCAGGCGCUGGAGAAGAAGUGCAAGCUCGUGGAGAGGGCGAGGCGGGAAAAACUGAUCCUCGAGGAGGUAAGGGAGGCCCGUCGACGGGAGGCGCGCGAGGCGGAGGAGAGGAAGCGGCUGCGGGAUCUAGAGUACUUGAAGGAGAUAGAGGAGAGAUCGAAUGAGAUGAGCAGGCUCCGGCGGGAGCAGAUGGAGAGGCGCGAGCGUGUCCUGUUGGAAACGACGAGGAUAAUGCUGGACGCUCAGGCGCGAAAACGAGAGAGGGAAGAGCGACUGAUUGAUCUCGUGGCCGAGGAGAUCAGGUGCGAGCUUGCAAUCAGGGAGAUGGAGGAGGCGAUGCGUAGGAAAAAGAUGCAGCAAGAACUGGCAGCUAGUUUACGGGAACAGAUAGUCUUCACGGAACAGUGCAGGCUGCGUUUCGUGGAGGAGGAUAGAGCAUGGGCCGAGGAAGUUAUGAGGAAGAUCAUGGAAGAUGAGAAGAUCGCAAGAUGCACGGCGGAGGCGAAGAGAAGGCUGAAAGUGCAGUACCGGAAGGACCUCGAGUGUUUGAUUGAGCAUCGCCGCAGGAUUCGCGAGGAGGAGAUUGCUAGGAUCGAGGAAAUCGCUAAAGAGCAACAGAGAUUGGAACUACUCGAGGCGGAACGUGCGAAGGAGGAGAGGAAGCGCCUGUUGAUGAUACACGCCGCCAAUAUCGCGAACUUCGUGAAUAGAGCGACUCUCACUGCUGAGGAAAAAGAGAUCCUUGAGGAAUUAACAGCAAAAACCCAGGACCCUGAAAACGUCAAUGAUGGAGACGCGAAAAAUUGA